CACACUUCUCUGAGUUUGUUCCCGCCCCUUUCCCUCUGCCGGUAGUGAACUGGAAAACUUGUUAUAUAUAUAUCCACUGUAUUUCCUUCUGUGUAAUUUAAUUUCAGUCAGUGUUUUACGAAGAAAUGGCGAUAACCACGGAUCACAUUCGGGACAAACUGAUAGCAGAAAUCGGCGCAGUACACGUGGAAGUAGAAGACACAUCUCCCAACAGAUGUGCUCUAAGUUUUAAGGUGCUUGUAGUGUCGCCUCAGUUUGAAGGAAAGCCACUGUUGCAGAGACACAGAAUGGUGAACACUUGCCUUGCUACUGAGCUGAAAGAGAUACAUGCCUUUGAGCAGAAGACCUUAACACCAGAGCAGUGGGAAAAGCAGAAACAGCAGUGACAUAGGCACAUACACAGUGUUUGCAAUUUCCCAUUCUAAUGUUUGUUUGACCUUCAUUUUUAAAUUACACAAGAAAACAGGUUAAUUGGAACCUUUUUCAUCAACGUGAGCUACAAUGCAAUGUUUGUGACAAGAAAUAAAUGUUUCAUAUCAUUUUUGGAUAUGGA